AUGCCGACUGAUGUCCGGCAAGAUCCCAAGGAUGUCUCCGAUCCUGGCGUUGUACCUACCCCUAAGAUUUCUGGGCCCUGGACGGUCGAGAAGGUACUUGCGACGAUAGGACCUGAAGCACCUACCGAGGGAGGGAGCUCUCCGCUCCCCUUCUUCCACGUGCUGGAGCGAUUGAAGACGGGCAAGCGAGAGGGGUGGCGGCGGUUUGGUAUCGAAAGGGGUGAAUCGAUUGCCGAUCAUAUGUACCGCAUGUCCCUGAUGACCUUGGUAUGCCCGCCGUCGCUCGCACCCAAGCUCGAUCUCAACAAGUGCAUGAAGAUGUGCCUCGUUCACGACAUGGCCGAGUCUCUCGUCGGUGAUAUCACGCCGGUAGACGGCGUGCCGAAGCCGGAGAAGAGCCGACGCGAAGCGGAGACGAUGGACUAUAUUUCUAAGAACCUGCUGGGAAUGGUGCACGGCGGCCUGGCCGGCGAGGAGAUUCGGGCGAUCUGGCAGGAGUAUGAGGACUCCGAGACGCUGGAUAGUCACUAUGUGCACGACCUAGACAAGAUAGAGCUGUUGUUGCAGAUGGUGGAGUAUGAGAAGCGGACGGAUAAGCGUCUAGACCUGGGCGAAUUCGCGUAUGUCGCGACUAGGGUCGCGCUUGCGGAAACGCAGGAGUGGGCCGAGGAGAUCCUCAAGGAGCGCAAUGAAUUCUGGGGCGCCCAGUCGCACACCGACGGGUCUCUCGGCCUGGAUGGCGGUGUGCAGGAGACGACGACUAAGGGCCAGGGCGCCUACUACACGAACGUAUCAGGGUGAAAUAGAAGAACGCGAGUGCGAGUGGUAUAUGAACGUGGCUUGCGGCGUCAUGUCGAAACCGGAGAUUCCCCUCAACUUGUUCGGGCGACGCGUUGAGCUGAGGGGACGGGGCGUGGACGACGAUGCAUGCCAUCCAUAAUUAAUACAUAUACUAUCACCGCUACCGUCAGACAUGAACCCCCUUGAACGACAACGAGCAGGAUUCAGCAGGUUAAGGGACGAGUAUAAAGUGCCCAUCCCAUUUUCUGAUCGAUCCGUUCCCUUUAGAAUUCUCGAUAAUGCAUGACGUUCCCGGCGCCAGCGACGUCCGUUCACCUGCACAGAUCCUUGCAUGAUGCCUCCCCGUAGGGAUGCCUGCGGUAUUGCAUGUGUGUGUACACGCUACAUCGCGAGGCGAGAAGUCCAUGCAUGCGCAUAAUGCACCUAUGUUGUCAGCGCGGUAUUUUCGCACGCAAAAGCUGAGUAUUUGCGCCAUUGUACCGCGUUACAGUACAUGGCAGCACGUAUGAGUAGAAUGAUG